AAACCAUUAAAGAGUGUAUAUGGAAAUCUUCCUUACAUUGCACCGGAAGUUAUUGCAGGAAAAGUAACUACUUUUAAAUCUGAUAUUUAUAGUAUUGGCAUACUUAUGUGGGAAAUUUCAUCUGGACAACACCCAUUUAUUAAUUACGAACAUAAUUAUGAUCUUGCUAUGAAUAUUGUUAAUGGUAUAAGACCAAAAAUUGUAUCAGGAACUCCUUUAGAAUAUAAAAAUUUAAUGAAACAAUGUUGGGAUGCUGAUCCAUCAAAGCGACCUGGUACACUUUGGGAAAAAAUAAGAGAAAUUUAUUUAUUUUAUCAAAAUAAACCAAAUGAAUUGUUAACUAAAUUGAAAGAAGAUAAUAGUUUGGAAAUAGGUGAUUUAGAAAACUAUACAAAUAGUAGCAAAUUAUUUACGAGUAAAGUUCAUCAAUUUGAAAAUUUUCCUGAACCAAGAAAUGCAACAGAAGGUAUUAUUGAAAUUUGUUAUUUGAUUUUUAAUAUAUAUGGUUGACAUUUCACAGUAAUAAAUCAUACAACU